AUGGACGAAUGAAAAAUAGAAAACAAAAUGUCAGAAACUCAUAUGUGGCUGCAAUUAUAUUUAUAAUCCUAUUCAUUAUUGCGAUUUUUGCUGUGAAAACAUUAAAAAGUUAUAAGGAAUCCUGUACCGAUACUGAUGUGCGGUCUAAUGAGCUUAAGGCUUCAACAAAUUCAAGUGUCUGUCUUGAAAUAUGGUAAAUAAAAUGGAGCCAGAAAGUGAACAUGCUGAUAUAGAAAAUAUUUUAGGCUUAAAAAAGUUGACCAUCAAUGAAAAAGGGCUCAAUAAAAUGAUUAACAAGAGCCGACCACGGCCAAAAAUAUUUUAUUCUGAGCUAACGGAAAGUUUGGCAUUGGAUUGCGAAUUUGUUGGCAUCGGAUCAGCUGGAAAGGAACAUAUGCUCGCUCGGGUAUCCGUAGUGAACGAGCGAUGUGAUGUCAUACUGGAUACGUAUGUGAAACCCCAGAAAACUGUGAUAGACUACAGAACGGAAAUAAGUGGCAUCCGUCCGGACCUAAUGGAAUCCGGCCAGGAUUAUGGGCAGGUGCGGGAAACGGUAAAAUUAAUGCUUUCCGGACGAAUACUCGUUGGACACGCAUUGAAGAACGAUCUGUAUGUGCUAAAUUUGCGACAUCCGAGACAUAUGGUUCGUGACACAUCUCGAUUUAAGCCAAUAGCGCGACGAAUUCGCUCCCUCGGAACGCCUAGUUUAAAAAACUUAUCAAAAUUGAUCUUGGGCGAAGAGAUUCAGACGGGGAUCCAUGAUUCUAUACAGGACGCUAGGGCGGCAAUGAAAAUCUACCUCACUUUUCAAGAUGAGUGGGAGAAAUCGCUAAGAAAAACAACACAGCGACAUCGAUGACUGUAUAAUAAAUGAAUGAUGGAUUGGACGAUGUAGAAGUUUAUUUUACGUGUAAAUUGUUAUAAACCGCUUGUAAUAUAGUUUUAUGAAUAAAAAUUAAGAAUAUCGUAA